AUGUCUAUGCCAUGGCACCUUUUGAUAGCUGUCAUUAUAGCUAUAGUAGCAGUCACGUACAGCUAUGACCAGUCCAUACUUCUCGCUGCGCUCGGUCUAAUGCCGUGUCGUCCAUCAUGCCAAUCGGCCGCUUCGAGCACUCAUUCUGAUUAUCCUGGCCAUGAUUGCGCCGAAAAACCUCAUCAUUCGAGCUGGACGACAUGGUUUCAUCCUGAUACAGGCGACGUCACAGCAGCCAAUUCUGGUCUUGGUGCAGGAGCGGUAACGAAAGAUUGGAAUAUCCUAUACCACCUUGGGGGCAAUGGACCGUGGGUAGAGAAGGUUAUCGAUGUUGUUGAUGGAGGUAUCAAACUACCGAACGGGUGUGAGGUGGAACAGGUCCAUAUGAUGUCUCGGCAUGCUGAGCGUUAUCCUACGAUGAAAGCUGGCAGUACCCAGAAAGCAGUCGUGCACCGUAUGAAAGAAAGUGGGAGGGUUUUCACAGGUAACCUGGCGUUCUUCAACGACUGGGAACUCUUUUGGUCUUCGGAUGAUACCCAUCUAGAGCAGCUCACAUCCACCGGCAUCUUUGCUGGGACACUCAGUUCUUUCACUACUGGUGUUCGUCUGCGCACCCGAUACCAACAUCUUCUGGAACGUACCUCUCUUGAAAAACAUCCCACCAAGUUCUGGGCUAGUGAUUCCAACCGUGUCAUUGAGACAGCUAAGCACUUUGCUGCAGGUUUCUUCGGCAUCGAUUACAAUAUCACCAACAAAGCUAUCCUACAAGUCAUUUCCGAACAUUCCUCACUCGGUGCCGAUACGUUGACACCUGGACGAACAUGUUUAGCCAACAAAAAAGACGAGAUGGAAGGCCAGCGAAAAGGGUAUCGUCUGUUGAAUGAGUACCGGGCAAGCUACAUGCCUGCCAUUCGCGAACGUCUAGCCAAGCAGACGGACAUGUACUUCGAGGAUCACGAAAUCUAUGCCAUGCAAGAGAUGUGUGGGUUUGAGAUUACAGUACGCGGUCGCAGCGACUGGUGUGACGUUUUCACUCAGGACGAAUUCCUCAGUUUUGAGUACGCACGAGACGUUCUGCAUUACUACCGUGCAGGUCCAGGCCAGAAGUAUGCAGCAAGUAUGGGGUGGCUGUGGCUAAACGCGACGACGAAUUUGCUGGUUGAGGGGCCGGACGCUGGUCCGUUGUUCUUCAGCUUCAAUCACGACGGUGAUAUCGCACCACUCAUGUGUGCGCUUGAUGUCAUCAACGACGAAGAACAUCUGCCCAUUACGCACAUCGCCCACGACCGUAAAUGGCGAAAGUCUCAGGUUUCGCCUAUGCAUGGACGUAUCAUCUUCGAACUACUUUCCUGCAAGACAGAUACUCAAUCUUCGCCUGGCAAGUUUGUCAGACUCAACAUCAACGACGGUAUCACCGCUAUCCCGGGCUGCGACAGUGGCCCCGGAAAGAGUUGUCCACUAGCAGAAUUUGCCGCCCGAACAAGGAAAAGGGGAGAAGAAGUCGGAAACUUCAACGAGUUGUGUGGGCUGGACGGUGACGCUGCAGAGCGGAUCACUUUCCUGCAUCAAAAAAGAGAAGUGUAG